AUGCAAAAGGAAGCAAACGACUAGAUUUUAGGAGAUUUUGAGAAUUUAGAAAUUCCAAAGCAGGACAGUUUGUGUUUGGAAGUGUAAUGUUGUAAAAACUAACUUCUUGCUUUGAUAUAUAAAAACAAUAAAAUAGUUAUUUAUAAUUAUAAGACGAAUACUUAUUUUGAUUUGGAGAGCGAGAAAUUAUUAUAUAGCUGCACUUUCAGUCAUCAUGAUAGCUUCAAUAAGAAUUAACUUUAUCUAUUUGGAUAAUCCGUAUAAAUAUUAGAUAUGGAAAAAUAAGUUAUUAGUCAUUAAAUAAACACUGAAUUUACGUACUGUGGAGAUAGCAAUAUUUGGAAUGAAGUGUGUGCAGCCAAUGAAAAAACUAUAUUGCUUUGGGAUAUUCGUUAGAAACUACCCUUUAAUUGCAUUCUAGCACACUCAAUGCAAAUAACUUAAUGCAAGUACAAUGAAACUGGGAGAUAUGUAACCACAACUGGUUUAGACAAUGUGUAAAAAGUGAAAUAUAUUAUAAGUGUGCCCGUGUAUUUGAUUCAUAUGGAACAGAUUCUUUAGUGACAAUAUGUGGUAGCAAGAAAACUCAUACAACAUCUAGUUAAUUCACGAAGGAUUCAAGACAUUUGAUAGUGUCAACUCUGGAACAACCAUUGGGAUUAUGGGAUUGGGUGGAGUGCAAUUUAGUAGCUUAAUACAAGAUCUAAUACCAAAAUAGAUUCUUUAUUAGACCUGUUAUUGUUUAUGAUGAGAAGGAUAUGCCCAAAGCUAUUUUGUAUCCAAAUGACAAUAAUCAGAUUUAUUAGUUUAACUUUCUAAAACCUGACGAAAAACCAUUAAUUUAAUAGUAAGUGUAUGAAAUACUAUGUAUAGAUUGGAUUAGUUUGGGAAUGACAAUCCAGUAAGAUUAAUAAAGAAUGAUGAUGACUAUUUUAUAUUUGGAAAGAAUGAGAUCAUAAGAUGUAAAUAUAAAUUUUGA